UCCGGCCCCACUGCGAAACCCUACGCACAACUUUUUCUGGUUUUUCCAAGCUCGCAACUUUACACGAGAUUUCUUUUACUCUUCACACCUCUCAUUUCGGUCGCAACCUUUCACCCAACGCCGACCACACGACCAAAUCAUUAAUAUGCCUCCCAAGUCCGGUAAGAAGGCCGCCCCGGCCCCCUUCGCUUCCAAGGCAGGUUCCAAGAAGGCACCCAAGAACCCCCUCAUCGAGAAGCGACCGCGCAACUAUGGCAUCGGCCAGGACAUCCAGCCCAAGCGCAACCUCUCCCGUAUGGUGAAGUGGCCCGAGUAUGUCCGUCUCCAGCGCCAAAGGAAGAUCAUCAACCUCCGCUUGAAGGUUCCCCCAGCUAUCUCCCAGUUCCAGCACGUUCUGGACCGCAACACUGCCGCCCAGGCUUUCAAGCUCCUUAACAAGUACCGACCCGAGUCUAAGGCCGAGAAGAAGGAGCGAUUGGUCAAGGAGGCUACCGCCAUCAAGGAGGGCAAGAAGAAGGAGGAUGUCAGCAAGAAGCCCUACUCCGUCAAGUACGGUCUGAACCACGUUGUUGGCCUGAUCGAGAACAAGAAGGCUUCUCUCGUCCUGAUCCCCAACGAUGUCGACCCUAUCGAGCUUGUCAUCUUCCUACCUGCUCUCUGCCGAAAGAUGGGCGUCCCCUACGCCAUCAUCAAGGGCAAGGCCCGCCUCGGAACUGUUGUCCACAAGAAGACCGCUGCCGUCCUCGCCAUCACCGAGGUCCGAUCUGAGGACAAGAACGAGCUCUCUAAGCUCGUGAGCGCUAUCAAGGACGGUUACCUUGCCGGAUCCGAGAACGCUCGACGACAGUGGGGUGGUGGUAUCAUGGGUGCCAAGGCCAACAAGCGCAUCGAGAAGAAGAAGAAGGCUUUGGACUCGGCCAUCAAGGUCUAAGCGUUAGGGCUGGUCACGGGAUCAUGAUUUCUAUAUUUGCACAGUUCCGGCGUUGGAGGAGGUAAAAGGGAAUACCAACCACAUGGAUUUGCAUAAAGCCUAUCUAGACUCCAUCUGCAGAGUUUCGCCGACGACCAAUGUGACAAAUGAACGAUCGAUGCAUUUUCGUAAGGGUCUAUGCUUGCUAUUUUCCCGUAAUAUCCUAACCGUUCGAGCCAAGACUUGGCUGUUAUAUCUUCCAAAAAGGUGAAUGUCUUGGACCCGGAUUAGUUCGUACGCUUGGUAUAGUGGGAGAUUACCGCAUGAGGACAGUCGAGCCGAGCCAAGGGUGCCAAGCAAAUAUCUUCGUAGCGUCGCAUUUUCCCGCGCUCUUGGCUCAGACUAGGUAUUGAUACAGAAAACGUUCCUGAGUGCUGGGUCUGUACCUAAGCCUCACAUCCAUAUUGGAGCUUACGCGGCGCGGACAUGUUUGGUCUCGUAUAUCAGUUUCUAAGUAUUGGUUUUGGUUUAUCGUUUGAUUCUAUCUUGGCUGCGAUGGCACACGUCUGUUUGGAAUACGGAUACUUGCACCGGGC